AUGCUGCAGCUCAUGUUGUUGUACAUUUGUGGGAUAUUGGCACUGGCCAUGGUCGUGUGCGUUCGGUGGAAAAGACGAAAGCUGUAUGCUGCGGCAGCUAGCAUGGACGGACCGCCAUGCUUGCCACUCCUAGGACAUGUUUAUUUGAUCCUUGGAAAAAGAUGUGGAGAGGAUAUUUUGCAAGUAUUGGAUCGAUUCGCUCCUAGAUACAAAUCCCCGAUCGGAUUAUGGAUGGGCCCAAAGCUGAUCAUCGGCAUCAAAGACAAUCCGGAGUACUUUCAAACCGUCCUAAACUCGCCCCAUUUACUGAACAAAAUGGAGCAAUACAACUUUUUCCGCAUUGUUAACGGACUGUUUGCGGCUCCAGAUCACAUGUGGAAAAACGAACGGAAACUGUUGAAUCGCUCGUUCAGUCCGAUGAUGCUGGCCAGCUUUGUUGAUACGUUCAACGACAAGGAUUUCAUCAUGGUCGACAAUCUACGUAAGCUUGUUGGAAAGGGCGAAGUCGACCUUCAUCUACCGAUCGCUAAGUGCACCAUUGACUCAAUAUUUGGUACCGCAUUCGGGAAAGACCUCAACACGCAAGGACAUGAUGAAGCUGACGAGUACCUGCACAGUUUAGACACAUUUUUCUCCCUCGUCUUUAAGCGUAUGCUUAACGUAGAACGAUACCCAGAGCGCUUGUACCGCCUUACGAAGGAUUUUGAAACAGAAACUACCUGCUUAAACGUCAUUCGAGACAUGUCGCAUGAUCUCAUGCAGCAGCUCAAAAAGAACUCGCAAGAAUCAAAACCCCAACCAAAUAAGGAGGAUUCGUGCGAAAGGAAACCGAACUUAAAUUUCGCGGAAAGUCUAUUCGAUAUCGCAGAGCAUAAUCCACGCUGGAACGAGGACAACAUAAGGGAUCACAUUGACACUAUGAUUGUUGGUGGACACGACACUACAGCGACAACAAUGUCGAACCUGCUGCUUAUGCUCGCUAUUCACCCAGAAGUGCAGGAAGCGGUGUAUCAGGAGGUGAUGAGCAUCUGUCCGGACAAAUCAAAACCCGUUACGACUGAAGAGACCAACGGACUUGUCUACACUGAGAUGGUCUGCAAGGAAACGAUGCGCCUAUUCCCAGUUGGUCCCUUAAUAGGAAGAACUUGUACGGCCGAUGUGAAGCUGGAUGAGAAACACACCAUACCGAAGGGCUGCUGUGUGGCGCUGGGCAUAUACCAACUUCAUCGAGAUCCAUCUAUUUGGGGUCCGGAAGCGGAAAAGUUCAAUCCGGAUCAUUUCCUGCCAGAAAACGUUGCCCAGCGUCAUCCGUAUGCCUACCUGCCAUUCAGUGGAGGUCCUCGAAACUGCAUCGGCAUCCGGUACGCGUGGUUGUCGAUGAAAAUUCUCAUUGCCCAUCUGGUGCGGAACUAUCGUUUUAGCACAUCGUUGAAAAUGGAAGAUUUAAAGGUGAAAUUUGCCGUCAUUUUGAGGAUCACGAAUGGAUGCAUAGUUUCGAUAGAAAGUCGCUAA